AUGUCAAACCUCACUCACUUCACUCACUUCACCCUGACGGCGUACCUGGACCUGGGCAUGUUCAGAUACCUGGUGUUCUUGGUGCUGCUGGUGCUCUACGUGCUGACUUUAACCUCUAACCUGCUGCUCAUAUCGGUGAUCAUUCUGAACCGUACUUUGGCCGAGCCCAUGUACUUGUUCCUGUGCAGUCUUUUCCUGAGCGAACUGUACGGCUCCACCAUGUUGUUUCCGAUGCUCCUCCGCCACGUGCUGCAGCAGCUCCACCAGAUCUCGGUUUCCUUCUGUUUUCUCCAGAUCUACUGCCUUCAUUCCUACGCCACGACUGAAUACCUCAAUCUUGCAGUUUUAGCAUACGACCGAUACAUUGCAAUCUGCUUCCCCCUGCAGUAUCACAGUCACAUGAGCAGGGACCGAAUUAUGAAACUGAUUAUGUCCACAUGGCUUUAUGGUUUACUGGGCGUUGUUCAGACUUUAUGCAUCACUACGUCUCUAAAGCUGUGUAAUAAUGUCAUUUCUAAAGUGUACUGUGAUAAUUACUCUGUUGUACGACUGGCCUGUUCUGAUGUUUCCAUUAUAAAUAUCCAUGGAUUAACCUGGACAUUUGUCACGAUCGUUACCCCAUUCAUCUUCACAAUGUACACUUACCUGUGCAUCCUCAGAGUGUGUUUCUCUGGGUCCAAGUCUGUGCGGCAGAAGGCUCUGAGCACCUGUCUGCCUCACCUGGUCACCCUUACCAACUUCACCAUUGGGGGCAGCUUUGAGCUGGUGCAGAGCCGGUUCAACAUGAAUGGUGUGCCCGUGGCCUUGAGGGUGUUCCUGUCCCUGUACUGCAUCUCCAGCCAGCCCCUGAUCAGCCCUCUCAUCUAUGGAUUCAAAAUCUCUAAACUUCGAUCAUUAUGCAAAGGGCUGCUGAUCGCACGGCUGCACGGGAUAGACCAAUAA